AGGUGCAUGGCCGCGUGACGUGGGUCGCCAUGGAGACGCGGGAAGCCGGAAGCGAGGAGGGCGAGAAUGGAGGCGUCGGGAUCGGAGCCCGAGGAGGAGCGGAAGAGUCUCGGGGCCGAGAUCGCGCAGCAGCGGCAGAUGAAGAUGAUGUUGGAGAUUUCCAUUAAGGAGUUGCAAAAGACGGCCAUUGAGAUGGAGAAGAGGCUGGGACAGGUGGAGGAGGAAGGGUGUGAGUGGCGGACACGGUACGAGACGCAGCGAGAGCUCAACGAGCGGCUGAGGCUGCAGCUGGAAGAGAUGAGGACGAAAGUGAAGGAGGGCCGCGACACCCUGAGAGAGAGGAUGAAUGUCAUGCAGGGAUAUAAUCAGCAGUCGAAAGAAAGCCUGAAGCAGCUGCUUUGGAAGAAGGAGGAGGAGCGGCAGAGUCUGCAAGAGACGCUAGUGGAUUAUGAGUGGCGCAUUGCACAGGAGGCAAAGGCAUACCACAAGGUAAUAAAUGAAAAGAGAGAAGUACUCAACCAGUUGGGCGAGACGUUGGACAUUUCGACAAGGCAAAAGAAGGUGAAACCAGCAACAGGACCACAUGACCUUGAACGUUUCAAACGAAAAGGGCGGCCUUCUCAAGAAGUGGAUCAUGAACCAACCGACUCUGGAGGGACAUGGCUCCCUCAGCUGCCAGCGGGGGCUCUGCCACGCAGAGCACAUGGCGUGACGACGCAGCAGCAACAUCGGCAGCAGACAACUUCAGAGGCCCAACAAGGUCCAACAAGGAGACGCCCACAUGGGGAUCAGCUGCCGAAACUGGGAAAAUUCCAGUCCCCUGUUAUUCUGUAGAGGAUCUGGACGUGGCAGCUUGUGGCUAUAAAUGUUCUGUCCUGACACGAUGUUCCCAUCAUUUGCUGAAUGUCAGACCCGUUGUGUGCUGUGCACACGCCUGCCCAUGUGUGAUGUCAGUAACAGUUAAGAACAUUUUGUAACGUUGGGUGAUUUGUACUGCAUAGCAACAUGUAUAGGACAAAUAAUGAAAAUGUUCAUUGUGCCAUUGCACAGGUUUAUCUGGUUAUAUUCACGUUUGUUAAAUAUAUUACAUAAAUACAGUUUACAUUUAUGUUUGUUUAAGUUUUUAUACACUGAUGUAGUCAUAUCAAUUUGUUGUGGCUUAAAAAAUAUAACGGACACUUGUUUAAAAGUGCAAAAUAGGACAGCAUUUUGAGUUAUCAAACCUGCAUACUUAAGUUAUAUGUACAAUUGAUUACGUAUUUUCUGAGAUUGGUGCGCAUUAGUUAAAGUCCCUCUUUAAAUAACACUUUUAAAACUAGAAUUGUAUAGAAGAGCGGUUCCCAAACCUCUGGACCAUGGACCACUCACAAUCCGCAAGGCUGUAGGAAGUGGUCUGCAGAACUUUUGCAGAUACCUUUAUCUUUAAAAAAAAACACCAUGUAUUUCAUUUACUUUCAUUGAACAAUUAUUUAAAUUAGUAAAUUCAAGGUAAGUUAUUAAUGGUCCAGAAAGUUAAGGAAUCACUGGACUAUAGAAGGACCCCUAUACCAUGGAAAGUCAGUUGUGCGUGCUUUUCUUACAGCAGUGUUAGCCUGUGGAGCAUCUCCAUUAGUGAAAGGUUGUGUACAAUUACAUACAUUUACAUUUCGUGGCAAUAUUGCAGGGGCCAUGCUCUUACCAAUUCAAUACACCGGUCAAGCAAGGCUUCAUUCUUGCAGUCGGUUCUCAUUGCAAGGCUAGCCAGGGUGAGCAUGGAUUGCAGGACCGAAGCCACCCUUCAUAACAAUCGACUAUGCUGGCUUUAUUGUAAUUGGCAGAUACAAAUCCGCUGCACCUGGCACCUUCAAUGUGCCAGCUGAGGGGUGGAAUCUGGCGGGGGGUGUGAGGUGAAGGGCCUCACUCCAGAGUGCCCUGCAUCUGGAGCACGUGGUGUACCGUUUGGUAUUUUGUUAAAUCACUGAAUUGCGAGUGUUUAAAUCCAUUGUAAGUUUUAAUUUGACGUUGAAGUAUUUAAGUGUUGUGUUUUUGCAUUGCAAUACAAUUUGGAUGCACUGUAUUUAAAUGACCGCAUCUCAAGAUGCUGCAAGGACACAGUAGAGGGCUGUGUAUUUAAUGUUUGUUCCACCCCCUAUACGGUAUACUUAAGCCUACCCGAACGGUGAAAUUUCAAACCAAUGACCUGGACCUUGCUAUCGAUAAAACGUCUCACUUGUCAAUAAAAAGGCAGAUUUGCCCAAA